GAUUUUGUUUCCAAGUCGAAUCCGGGUCAUAUGUGUUCUAAUCACACAAUUGGCGAAGUGGCAGAACAGCUUGCAAGAGUUUAUGGUCAUUUAGUACAAUUUCCUUUACAAUUUAUGAAAAGAGAAAA